ACUUGUAGCUCCUGAAGUGAUCCUGCCUGUAAAAGUUAGAAAAAGUAUAUACUUCACUCUACCACACACACUCGAUCACUUAUUUCACUCAUAAACAUUACUCUUAAUAUUAUUUACUCAGUUGCUGUAAAAAUAAAUCCUGCAUCACAAUUGAAUUAAUGCCUUUUACAUCAUGGAAACAUCGCAGGUAAAUUAAUGAUGAUUAAAAGUAAACUCCAGGUCGUAUUGGAAUUGCGUGGGAGAAAAAUGCUACUUUCUAAAUGGUAGAAAAUUCCUUCCACCAUUGUACGAGUGGUUUUUGUUUUCAAGCUUCCUCGAGUUUUGUUCCGCCAUAACGAUGUUGUUAAAAUGUUAUUAAAUCAGAAUAUAUGUAUUUGAUAAAUUCCUUUUAUUCUCAGGAACCAUUUAUUUAUGAAUUCGUGAAACAAUAUGGAAGUAAAUUGUUAUUCCAGGGAAACGGUUAUUAUCAUCUAACUGUCAACAGGGUAAAAUUGUCAUACGAACAUCAUCCACAAGAGCUUUUUGGUUUUCAACAAUAUUAUAGUCAAAUGCAUAAAAACAGGUAUAAAAAGAUCGAAGCUUAAGACACUUUCAUCGUUCGCCUCGAAGAAACAGUUGUGUUCUAACAGUUGUGUCUGCUUCUAGGAUUUAGCAAUGAUGAAGGUUCUUAUUCUAUUAGCUUCUUUCGCACUGACAUACUCUCAAUAUUUGGCACCAAAUAACUAUGGCGACCUAGCACAGCCAACUCCAUACCAAUUCAGCUACAGCUCUCCCUCUAUUGGAGGUGCCAGCUCCCACCAAGAAUCCGGGGAUGGGUCCGGCAGGGUGACCGGAUCUUACAGCGUCCAAGACGAAGAUGGACGUUCCAGGGUAGUGGAAUACGUUGCCGACGAGUACGGAUUCCGUGCCUCCAUAAACACCAACGAGCCCGGCACAGCUAGCCAAAAUCCUGCUGACGUCACAAUAAAUUCCAGCGCUGAUGAUGGUCUUGGAGGCGGAAGCAAUGUUGUGUAUCCAAGGUCGGGACCACAAGUCGUGCCUGUAGCAGCAGGUUACCCCUACCAACCUACCUACGGUGGUUUACCGAUUUUAAAAUAAGCGAUAAUUUAAAAGAAGUGUCUAAUUUUGUAAAGAAAGUUGAAAUUUAAUAAAUUGAUUUUAUUUAGAUGUGAGUAUUUUAUGAAUAUCU